CUCACCAUCCGGAGUGUGGGGACCUUAGUAGUGAGCGAGAAACCCGGUCGUAUACUAAUCAUCGUAACGCGUGUAACGCUGGUGCUGUAACGGUGUUGCUGUUGGGGAAAAGCCUUCUUUGAUGACAAUCGUAGCGCCGGUAGCGAUCUAGGAAAAGUGUGUGCGCGUGUGUCUGUGUCAAAGUAGUGUCUUGGUAAAGUAGUCUUGGUAAAUUCGCAUUGUGGUCCGAUCACCGUGAGGCUACAGUUGUUGCCAGACCCCAAAACAUCAACGAGCAGAGCCCGAAACCGAGCUCAGCAGUCCCGGCGUCAUGCGCAUGGAAGGUGCGGUCCGACGGUUCUGGACGGCGGUGACGCGGAAGAAACAGAGCGACGACGAUGGCAACGAGUCGAAGCUGGCCCGCGUCCUCACGCUGCUCGAUCUGACCGGGCUCGGCGUCGGUAGCACCCUCGGGCUCGGCGUGUACGUGUUGGCCGGCUCGGUGGCGCGGGAACAGGCCGGCCCCGCCGUGGUCGUGUCCUUCCUGGUGGCCGCCGUCGCGUCCGCCAUCGCCGCGCUGUGCUACGCCGAGUUUGCGGCUCGCGUCCCGAAGGCCGGCUCGGCCUACGUGUACAGCUACGUCAGCAUCGGCGAGUUCACCGCGUUCACGAUCGGCUGGAAUCUGAUCCUGGAGUACGUGAUCGGUACGUCGAGUGUGGCGCGUGGCAUGAGCGGCUAUAUUGACUCGCUGGUCGACAACAAAAUCAGCAAUGCGAUGCGAGACGCGAUGCCGAUGAACGUCGACUUCCUGUCGGACUAUCCGGACUUUUUCUCGUUCAUCGUCGUGCUGAUCCUGGCCGGUUUGCUGUCCUACGGCGUGAAGGAGUCGACGAUGAUGAACAACAUCUUCACCGGCGUCAACCUGAUCGUGAUCGGUGUGGUGCUGGUGGCGGGCGGCAUGAACUGUGACCCGGACAACUGGUCCAUUCCGCAGGAGGCUAUCCCGCCCGGGUACAACGGGGGCGCCGGUGGGUUCGCCCCGUUCGGGUUCGCCGGCAUCAUGGCCGGGGCGGCCAAGUGCUUCUACGGGUUCGUCGGGUUCGACUGUAUCGCCACGACCGGCGAGGAAGCGCAGGACCCGGAGCGCAACAUCCCGCUCGCCAUCGUUAUCUCGCUGAUCAUCAUCUUCCUGGCGUACUUUGGCAUCUCGACCGUGCUGACGAUGGCGCUCCCAUACUAUCUGCAGGACCCGGAGGCCCCGUUUCCGCAUCUGUUCGAGUCACUCGGCUGGAUCGCGAUCAAGUGGAUCGUCUCGAUCGGUGCCAUCUUUGCGCUCUGUACCAGCCUGCUCGGUGCGAUGUUCCCGCUACCGCGCGUCCUGUACGCGAUGUCCUCCGACGGGAUCAUCUACAAGAAGCUCCAGACGGUUAACCCGAAAACGCAGACUCCCGUGCUGGCCACGAUGCUUUCGGGCCUGCUGGCAGCCAUAAUGGCGGCCCUGUUUAACCUCCAGCAGUUGAUCGACAUGAUGUCGAUCGGUACACUACUGGCGUACACGAUCGUUGCCGUCAGUGUGCUGGUGUUGCGGUACCAAGCGGAAGAGCUGCUCGGCACGUCCGACGUCAGCGUGACGGUGCCGGAUGUCCUGCGGCAGCUCGUGAACGGGGCGCGCCUCAAGGCACCGACCCAGCUGUCGUCCGCCAUUGUGAAGAUCGGAGUUUGUGUGUUCGCUGCGUUCGUGUGCGGGGCGUGCGGAAUUCUGGUGCCGGCCGAGGACUACAUCAACACCGACUACCCGGGCGUGAUCGUCGGCCUGGCGAUCCUGGUGGCGGUCCUGCUGGCGCUGUUCGUCGUCAUACUGCUACAGCCGACCGACAAGCGGAAGUUGACGUUCAAGGUGCCACUGGUGCCGCUGCUGCCGCUGGUCAGCGUGUUCUUCAACCUGUACCUGAUGUUCCAGCUCGACUCCGGCACCUGGAUACGGUUCAGCGUUUGGAUCGUGAUCGGUUACUUCAUCUACUUCACGUACGGUAUCCGCCACUCGGUCGAGGGUGAACGGUUACUGACGCGGUCCGAGCUGGCGGCCGCCCGGUCAGGGGCCAACGCGAACGGCAACGGCGGCAUCGACAACACCGGCUACGAUGGGGAUGAGAAGAGUGCCUCCAAGUUCCCGGCCGCCACGUACACGAUAACGCAGGACUCCUAGAGCCCCCUUCUGUCUCUCUCUCGCUUCCUGCCGCUCUCUCUCUCCGCUGUGGUUCGAGGCGAGGCCAUGCAGAGGGAAGCCAGUAUUAGUCUCAACCUUAGGGUUAGGAACAGUUAGCCAGAACAAGCAGAACAAACCAGGAAGGGAAGAAUCGAGACCGACCCAGAUCCCUGGGUCACGGGUGCGUGCCAGCGAGCGGCAGGACCACCACUUACAGUGAUUGUGAUAAUUAUUGCAUAUUAGUGUGUAUAAGGUUUACUUACUUACUAGAGAUACUACUGAUGCGGGACCUCCUGCGCUUAAUAAUGGGGUGCGUUCCGCGCCGAUCUUAACCGCCCGUGUUCCGCCCGUGUGACUCUGCAACCAUUUCGAGCUUAUCGUUCCACCCACCAGCGGACCAAUCCACGGCGAUUGUUCCAUUUUAAUCCCCUCACCGGAGCGUACGAGUCCGGAGACGAUAACGACGAUUGUGACAAAAACAUGGACAUGGCCAAUAAAUCAAUC